AUGGAAGCUUUUAUGAAGGACCACAACGGCACCAUCAAACAGUAUAUACCACUCGUGGGCAGAUUCCUGAUAGUUGUGACAUUCUUGGAGGAUGCUUUUACGAUUGUUACUGAGUGGAAGAAUCAGCUCAUAUUUCUGAAUCAAUACCGAAAAAUUUACUACGGAUUAGCUAAUCUCAUACUUCUUACUAAUGUUCUUUUGAUGUUAUCCUGCUCUUCCCUCGUUCUUGCCAGAAAAACACACUGGAUUUGCAGCUGGAGGCCUCAUUUUCGUGGUUAUAACGCAAGCAUUAUGUUAUGGCAUGAUUUCGGACUUUGGCUACUUCUUGCUCAUGGGCGCGCAGGAGAUCAGCGGACACCUGGCUUACCUGAGAUUGAAGAAAAAGACCACAAGAUGUAUGUUCAGCUCGCCGGUCGAGUCCUCAUUGUUUUAACCUUCCUUGCAUUCUUUUGCAGCCUGGAAUUGAAUAUAUUAAGCGUCUUCAUAUCCAUCAUUGGAUUUGGUGUCUGCGUUAUGGUCGUUGUCGGAUACAAAGCAAAGAUGAGCGCCGUUAUUCUCGUCUCCAUGUUAAGUGUCCUCAACUUUCUUAUCAAUGAUUUUUGGAAUCUUCAUCAGACUCAUCCUCGCAAAUCUUUUGCUAAAUAUGAUUUUCUGCAAACCUUAUCUAUCGCAGGAGGUCUCAUUCUUCUAGUAAAAAAUGGCCCAGGUGCAUAUAGUAUCGAUGAGAAAGCAAAGAAACUAUGA